UGGGUCCCUGUACGGCCUCCCAUUGCUGCUGUCUCCAUCGCCACACUCUGCCAUGUGCCACUUUCAGGUCUCCUCACACUGCUGGUGUGUUCCAUUUUUUGUCAUAGGGUGCUGGCAGAUUACGGGCCUCCCAUUGCUGCUGCCAGGCCCCUAAUCUGCCAUGGGCCCCUGCGCCUCCUCAUGCUGCUGCCAGGUCCACAGUGUCUCAUGGGUCCCUGUACGGCCUCCCAUUGCUGCUGUCUCCAUCGCCACACUCUGCCAUGUGCCACUUUCAGGUCUCCUCACACACUGCUGGUGUGUUCCAUUUUUUGUCAUAGGGUGCUG